AUGCCGCCCUCCAGAUCCUCGCAGCGAUCGAACCCGUUUGCUGACCCAAAUCCUGGCGGGGACGGGUGGCGGACACCGACAAUCGAGGAUGCACACCAUCCACGAAAUCUGGAGCUGCGGCGCACCCACACGUCCGGUUUGACUGAGAAGUCACAGCAGACUGACUACUUCAAUGGCGUGCACCAGCGCCGGGCUGACAGUAGAGCCACGGCUUCGACGCACGCUUCUGCUGUCGACCACGUCGAGCCUGGUGAGGACGGAGCGUCAAUUGUGCCUUCAGAAGAGAACAUGCACCUCUCGAUAAGGCAGCGUCUGAAGCAUGUAACGUGGGCUUGGUUCACCCUCGUCAUGGCCACCGGAGGCGUGGCAAGUACUCUCCACGCUGUACCCUUCCGCUUCACUGGCCUGUGGACGAUUGGUGUUAUUUUCUUCGUGGCCAACAUUGCGUUCUAUGUUAUCAUCUGGGCCAUGAUCAUCUGCCGGUUCUGGAACUACCCCUACACCUUCAGGGCGUCGUUUCUACACCCAACGGAGUCGUUGUUCGCACCAGCAGUAGCGGUAUCUUUCGGAACGAUCUUGAUCAAUAUCGUUGAAUACGGUUUCGGAGAAGUCGGGGUCUGGCUCAACAGAGCAGUCCUGGUGCUUUAUUGGUUUGACUGUGGGCUGGCAAUCGUACUCAGCAUCUCCAUCUACCUUAUCCUCUGGUCGACCCAGCAUUUCACCAUUGCCAGGAUGACGCCGAUUUGGAUCUUCCCCGCCUACCCACUACUUAUCAUUGGACCCCACGCUGCCAAUUUGUCUGCUAGACUUGUUGAUCCACGAGAAGCGAUCCAAGUCAUCGUCGGAGGCUUUACCGUUCAAGGAAUUGGAUUUCUCGUGUCUCUCACCGUCUACGCCGCUUUCGUGUAUCGACUUAUGACGCAGAAGCUGCCGGCAGAGUCCCUCCGCCCAGGAAUGUUCGUCUCGGUCGGACCCAGCGCCUUCACCGCUUCUGGCAUUAUGGGCAUGGCCAGCAAUCUGGACCAGGUCUUUAUGAGGCUUCCAAGCGGUCUGUACAUGGAUGUGGAGUCGAUGCUCGCGGCUUCAAUCCUAAAACUGAUUGCCAACUGGGUAUCUCUGUGGCUGUGGGGACUGGCGCUGUGGUUCUUCUUCGUGAGCCUGAUGGCCAACAUGGUCUGCUUCCGUAAGGGAGCACACAUGCCGUUCGCCAUGACAUGGUUCAGCUUCAUCUUCCCUCAGACGGCGCUCACUACUGCGACCUUCCGCGUGGCCGAGUCAUUCAACGUCUUCGCCAUCAAAAUCGUUGGCUGCGUCAUGACUGUCCUGUUGAUCUUGGUGUGGCUCCUGGUUGUGUUCAGAAUGAUCAAGGCCAUUGUCGACAAGCAGAUUUUAUGGCCGGAGAAAGGAGAAGACAAGUCAGAGGGUGGCUUCAGUAUGCCAAAGACACCAGCUGAGAGAGUCCUGACGAACAGCACGGCCACGAAACGAGAAACUGUUUAG